GUAGAAGGCACUAUGCUAGGUCUGCAGAUACAUAUGUAUGUAUGUAUAUUUAAAGAAUGUCGUGGGGACUCUCAAGGGUCAGUACAUUUCACGAUGUCCCAACAGUAACACUCUCCUUUUUGAGUCCUAUGCGACAGAAUCUGUACCUGUAAUUACCUGACUUUCACACACACAGUCUCAAAAGACUUAGUGUAGUUUAAGCUUAAUAUGGGGUUCCCCCGUACGGAUUAGAAGCGAUCUUCAACCCGAAUGGCAUUUCUAAAAACUAGGAUGCUACUUACUCCCGUCACUGCUUCCCCCCUGCAUUGGUUAGGAACCAAUGAACAAUGCAUUUCACUUUUACGAAGCGCCUUUGCCCAGGUAUAAUGACAACCCUUAUUUUGCCAAACGGUUGCCUGAGCCUUCAUGCUCUAGCUGCAGAAGCCAAGGCCAGUUUGUGCUGUUGCCAGGUCCUGCGAGGUGGCUUUAAGCCCUGUCUCCAUUCUCUUCAGAAGGGACCAGGGGCGGCAUUCUUGAGCCUGGAGGAAGUGACUUCCACUCUGACAAUUCACGUCCUUGCCCGAGCAAGGGAGUGAGCAUUGGGACGGUUCCAGAGCUGUCUCUCCUACUCCACCUGAGUCCCAGCGAGGAUGACAUCCGCAGCCUAGGGGUUUCUCUCUGCUGCUCUCCAAAGUCGGACUCUGCAGCCUUCUUGCGCUUUCGCUAACGCCUGGAGACGCCUAUGUAGUUUUCCUUGUAACCGCCUGUACCCAGCCAGUUCUGCUGGUGAGCUGCUGCGGGUGGUGUUGUAGCCGCGUCCUCUGGUCCUCAUCUUGUCCCACUGUCAAGGAAAAGGCGGCGGAGAGGAGCAGGGGACUUGAGCUGGCGGUGGCAGGCUGCGAGAAGUAGAGAGAGGAGGCGAGGUUAGAAGGACUAGCCGCGGUUCCUGCUUCAGUGCGAUCGGAGAAGACAGACCCACGGCUCUGGAGGAGCCAACCCAAGUCAAGAGCCUGGAGCCUGGAGCCGCGAUGUGGCCUAGACUGGCGCCAUGUGCCUGCGUCCCCGCGGGCUGCGGGGCGCACCCAGAUACCUUCUGACAGCAAGACAGCCCCAGUGUGAGAUGGAGAUAAUGUCUUGAGAGUUCAGUGUAUCUUUGUUGUCACCAUGUCUAUGAACACAUCCAAGCAGUCACCUUCUCCUGCUGCAGGGGUCCUUACCAACACCACGUGCCAAACUGAAAACAGGCUCUCAGUCUUUUUCUCCAUUGUCUUUAUGACAGUAGGAAUUCUCUCCAACAGCCUGGCCAUUGCCAUUCUCAUGAAGGCAUACCAGCGAUUUAGGCAGAAGUCUAAGGCAUCUUUCCUGCUCUUUGCCAGUGGCCUGGUGAUCACUGACCUUUUUGGCCACCUCAUCAAUGGAGCCAUAGCUGUGUUUGUCUAUGCCUCCAACAAGGACUGGAUUCGCUUUGAUCAGUCGAAUGUCCUAUGUAGCAUUUUUGGAAUAUGCAUGGUAUUCUUUGGGCUGUGCCCCCUUUUCCUGGGUAGUGUGAUGGCAGUAGAGAGAUGCAUCGGAGUCACCAAACCCAUAUUCCACUCCACGAAGAUGACAUCCAAGCAUGUGAAGAUGAUGCUGGCGGGUGUGUGCCUCUUUGCCAUCUUCAUUGCCGUGCUACCCAUCCUGGGGCUCCGAGCCUAUGAGAUCCAAGCAUCCCGGACCUGGUGUUUCUACAGAACUGAGCAUAUCCAAGACUGGGAAGACCGAUUUUAUAUCUUGCUCUUUUCUUUUCUGGGGCUGUUAGCCCUGGGCAUUUCAUUCUUGUGCAAUGCCAUCACAGGAAUCACGCUCCUGAGAGUCAAGUUCAAGAAUCAGCAGCACCGACAAGGCAGAUCUCAUCAUUUUGAAAUGAUCAUUCAGCUCUUGGCCAUCAUGUGUGUCUCUUGUGUUUGCUGGAGCCCGUUUCUGGUGACCAUGGCCAGCACUGGAAUCAAUGGAGGAGAGUCACUGGAAACCUGUGAGAGGGUCCUCUUUGCUCUCCGCAUGGCCACGUGGAAUCAGAUUUUGGAUCCCUGGGUGUACAUCUUGCUGAGGAGAGCUGUCCUCAAGAACCUCUACAAGGUCGCCCAGCAGUGCUGUGGAGCUCGAGCCAUCAUCAGCUUUCAUGCCUGGGAGCUCAGCUCCAUUAAGAAUUCCUUAAAGGUUGCAGCUAUUUCAGAGAGCCCCUCUACUGAGAAAACAAGCUCACAGCCACCCACCCUCAUGGGGCAAUGAGCCCAUGGAGGUGCAGUAAAGAUGAGAAGAGGCUGAGGCCAUUAUCCUGUUCAUCCGAUAAUUACAGCCUGCAGGUUUGAGGGCUGGGGCUGUCAUAGCUGACAUGGUUGUAUAUAGUCAUUGAAUUAACUGGAUAAUUGCAAAUCUUUGCUUUGCUUUGUGUAGACACAGCCUCAAGGCAAAGUGUGUGAUGAAAUGACAUGAGGGCCAUAGACUGAGGUCAACUUUGUGGUUGACUGUGUUGGUGACUAGGUGCAUUCUCCAAGGUUGACCCAGGAGCCCACAAAUGAGCACUUAGAUACCCUAUCUAGAGCUGAGCUGGAGGGGGGCUCAGAUACCAUCAUUAUACAGAUAAGGGAACCGGGGCCAAGGGAGCCUAUUGACUUACCUAGGACCACAUGGAACAAAAUGUGAAAGGUGGCCUGGGGAAUCCACAUGGCUCCAUCUGGCUGGCUGGUCCCCAGCUCUGUCAGGAGGCCCAUGAGGCACACUUGGUGGGUUGAUGUUGCUGCAUGUUUCUGGUCUGGUCUGAUCUCUCAGUGAUUGUGGAGGCCAUCCUAGGCCAAGUCACAGAAUUAUAGAAUUUCAGAGUGGGAAGGGGCCAUCUUGUAUGACCCAAACCUGAAAAGAAUCCCCAUUACAGGUUAGCUGGCAAGAGAUCCUUAGUCUGGAGACCUCUGGGCAGUCCAAGGUACUUCUGCCCCAGCCCAUUAAUUUCCUAUUCUGAGGUACGUUUAGGAUACAUGAACAUUGUGUGUGUGUGUAUGUGUGUAGUCAGUCUAUACAUUUCUUAACAGUCAGUGUACAAAACCUCAGAUUGGGCUUAUGGAGAUUAUCAACCUAAGAAGUAGGCACCAAAGCUGUAUCCAAUUGAAAUCUAUUCUGUAGGACUUUAUCGAGGACGUACUAUGUGCCAGAUACUGUGCUGGGAAGUGAGGAUAGACACCAAACUAGAACAGUCCCUGCCUUCAAGGUGGUAGGUGAGGGGAUGGGCAUGGACAUAACAUGUAUACAGGUGACUGAACCCAAAAGGUCCACAAAGUCUUUAUGGGUAGCAUGAACAAUGGGGUGCAUUGGGAAAUUUUGCGUAUCUUGUAGGAGGUAGCCUUUAUUCUGAGCCCUCACCAAUUUAGAUUUCUUUGGCAAGGCCUCUAUACCACCAGAGCUGGUUGGUUGCAGCCCUCCAAGGCCACCACCUAAAUGUGAUCUGUAUCAGUGGAUGGACUACUCACAUGGAGGAUAUCACAGUUCCUGGAAAUGGUCAAGUCAGGAAAUGAGAGUUGGUGGGCUUUCACUAGGGGAAUCACCAAAGAGGAGCUUUUCACCUGAAUGAUGUCGGGGGCAUCAGUCUUAUCCAGGGAAGCUAAAAUUGAAGGAGCAGCCCCAUUAAUGGUCACCCUUCAGAAUUUCCAUCCUGUCCAUGCAGGGCUCAGCAAUGUAAUUGAGUAAUAAUUAAUUUCAUUGAAAGCAUAGGGAAAUGUGGGACCUCAGAGCGUGCCAUGAUUAACUUCCUCAUUUUACAGAUGAGGAACUCAGGGCCGGAGAGGUUCAAUGACUGACUGUAUUAAGUAGCAAAGCAAAGCUUCAGAAGAGUUCCAUGAGUCCCAAGCUAGAUUUUCCCACCUUCCCAACAUUGUCUAGUGGAGUCAUGUUGAGUUCCCUUAGAAGCAUCACCUGAGUGAACAUCAGAGCUGCUGAUAGUUCCUUUCUCUCUGUGGAAGGUGGUGAUAUCUAGGUGGUUGUGUUUAAGAAGACCAGAUGAUAAGGAUUUGAUCCCAGUUGUACUAAGGGAGUGACCUAGAAAUCUGAGCUUCUGGGGCCCAUAAAUUGUCCAAGCAAUUUCUCAGCUGUGAGGCAUUUUCAGUGUUGGAUCUUGUGCUUGUCUUAGGAUAAAGACCUUAUGCAGAUUUCCACGACUCACCUGAGCCCCCCACAUAUUCAGUUUCAAAAUCUGAUGGCAAGUGCAGCCCACGUUGACCCCACUGUCUGCUUUGCUGUUUUCUGUUCCCAUUAGAAUAUAAGCCGCUGAAGGGCAGGGACUGCCUUAUUUGCCCACAUUUAAUCCCUAGUGUUCAAUACAUGGUAAAUGCUUAAUCAAUGUUUGAUCAUUUCAUUCAUUCAUUCAUUUGGAGAGACAGUUGGAUGGAAGCAAACCUGAAAUAUGAGCUUGCUUACAGGUAGAAAGUUACAUCUUCUCAUAGUCAGUGCAAAUAUGCCAAAUGGAACAUGCCUAAAGCUUAUGUUACCUCUCCAUGCAAUGUAGUAAGCAGUCUUGCCUGGUGCCUGUAUUUCCAAGUGUGUGGCUAUUAGAACUCCCAGGGAGGGUCUGCUUUUGGUACGAACAGAGUUGUUUUUGGUAAAAUCUGUCAAUGACUUUCUCUGCCACAUCAUUGCUGCUUCCCCUUAGGGAACUGGAUGGGAAGGAUGUAAAUAUUCUACAUAUCAUUGCUUAAUCCAUUAUUUGGGUGUCACAGUCCAAGGUAACAGCUGCCAAGUAAUGUGGGACACUUCCAAGUGACCAUCUGUUUACUCUGCCAUUGUAAUGGUGUGCUAAAUGCAUGCACUGCCUUGGACUUUAUGAAGUGAAUUAUCAUGUGUUCUCUGUCCUGGCUGACAUGUAGAAAAGGUUCCACAGUGAUGUGUAUAUUUGGUUGCUUGUAGUCUAUGUACCAGUAUAGUAAUGAAUGUAAUGCUUCAUUAAAUGUAAAAAUUUAAAUA